CAAAUAAUGAUAACUGAACGAAGAAAAAGAUAAAAAUUCAAUAAAAAUAUCGGCAGAAUUUGGAAGACUGACACCUCUUCUACAGUCUCCUCCCCCGCGAUGCGUCAUCUUCUUCCUUUCGUUUUAGAUUUCUUUUCCCGAGAUUUUUAAUCUCUUAAAGCCUUGCGUUUGACCCAAAUUCUGUAAUUGAUUCAGCUUGAUUUUCAAGAUAGGACUUUAAUGGCAGCAGCAGAAGCAAGGGCUGCUUUUCAGAGGACAGUAAAUCGUUGCUUUGUUCAAGAAGAUGCCAAAAGGGCUCCCAGAUUAGCUUGCUGUCAAUCAUCGUCUUCAACGACCAAACCGGUUGAUUCUGGACCUGCCAAUGCAGCAGCAGAUGAACCAGAUCAACCUUCCAUAGGUUUUAUGCCUUUUAGCAGAGCUUCUUCAUAUUCUAGUUUAUUUCCCGAGUCGAAAUGGUGGCUUCAGCCACAAUCUAGCUAUGGAUACCAAAAGAUUUUCACCCCAGAGGCUGGCAAUGAAACUUCAAAAUCUGGUACUGAAAAAUCUUGUUCUUCAAUUGAUCUUCACCCUACUGAAGGUAGCAAUGAUGACUACAGCAGGUAUUCUCUAGACACUGAUCAUGGUGUCUCUGAUAUCUGCUCAAAGAGGGUGAAUACCAUUAUGAAUGAAGACAUAAAAACCUUGGAUGGUACAGACUCUCAAGAAUGUCUUGGUAGUAUAGAUAUGAAAUCAAACUUUGAAUGUUUAGAUAAGGAUUCUUUCAACAGCAAAACAGUUUCCAAAACACAAGAUGAGUUUUACUUAGAUCCAGAUUCUCCUUGGAUUCAAGAGGACAAGGCUGAGCCAUGGUGGUGGAUAACAGAUAAAGAUGAAUUAGCCUAUUGGGUUGCACAGAAAUCUCUUGAUCAUAUAGAAAAUUGUGAUCUUCCGCCACCUAAAAAAACAUGUUUGAACCUUACGAGACUCCCUUAUGCCCAAAAGCAAUCCUAUGAACAUGAUAUGAAUUGGGGUUCUACGNAGAGACUCCCUUAUGGCCAAAAGCAAUCCUAUGAACAUGAUAUGAAUUGGGGUUCUACGUUCGAGUCAAACCACAGAAAUUGCGGGCUCGAUUUUUGUCGUUUUGGCAAAACACAGAGAGAACCGGGUGAAUCAACUGAGCAAGGGAACUUGCUGCGUGGAGCUCAUAAAUCUUUGAGUUGUACAAUUCCCAACAAUUUGACAAAAACAACACAAACUUCUGAAGACAAUGCUAGCAAAGCUGAGCUAAUGGAUGCACUGCUUCAUUCUCAAACCCGUGCAAGGGAAGCUGAGCUUGCAGCAAAGCGAGCCCAUGCCGAAAAGGAGCACAUAGUUGAGCUGUUCUUCAGACAAGCAUCCCAACUCUUUGCAUAUAAGCAAUGGUUUCAACUGCUGCAACUAGAAAGCCUGCAGAAUAAGAACAAUGAUCACCCAAUGUCCACUCUUUUUCCAAUGGGUCUUCCAUGGAUGCCUUACAAGAAUAGGCAGAAAUUCACAAGGCAGAAAAGAAUCAAGCGGGAUCGGCAUGGGAGUGAUAUUUCGACUUAUGCGGUUGCCAUAGCUGUAGGAUUGAGCCUGGUGAGUGCAGGAUUGCUUCUGGGGUGGACUGUAGGGUGGAUGCUUCCUUCUUUGUAGGCCUAGAUUUUAGAAUGAAGGAUGAAUUGAGAAGGGUACGUACUCUGAAUGAAGUAUAAGCUCUGUUUGUGUAUCUGUGUAGCAUAGAUUUACAAUAUGUAGAAUGUUGUUUGUAUAUAUGAGGAUCAUAUUUGAGCUAACAGAUCCAAGUAAUAUAUCUCUGUUUCGAUUCUUUA